GAAACAGAAACUGUCAAACUCUGCAGCACCCCAUGGAGCAGCCGCUGCUGCUGGCGGCUGCGGACGGGCCGGGGGGGGGCAUACGGCUCUCCCCCGGGGGUCUGGAGGCUCUGCGGGCCCUGUCCGCUCCACUGCAUGUGGUGGCGGCGCUGGGGCCGCCCGACGGGGGCUCCGGGUUCCUCAUGGAGCAGCUGGCAGGAUCGGGCUGCAGCUUCCCCGGCAGCCCUGGGCUGUGGAUGUGGAGAUGCCCGCACCCGGACUGGCCCGACCGUGAGCUGCUGCUGCUGCACGCCGGAGGAUUCCUUGGGGGCGAGGAACCGGAGGAUGGCGCUGGGCUGCGGCUCUUCAUGCUGCAGCUGCUGCUGGGCAGUGUGCUGGUUUAUGGCAGUGGUGAUGGCAGUGGUGACGCACAGGAACAGCUCGAGCUCCUCACCUACGCCCAGAAGUUGCCACACCAUCUGCGCCUGAUGGAGGAGGAGGAGGAUGAAGAAGAUGAAGACCAUCUGCUGCGCUUUGUGCUGCCACCCUUCGUCUGGAGCCUGUGCAGCACAGCCCAGGCCCCUGAGGAUGAGGAGUUGUUGGAGGCUGAGGACCACAACCUGGAGCCAGCACUGGCCAGCCCCCCAGGCCCCGUGGCGCGCUGUAUCUUGACGCUGUUCCCUGAGCAGAAGCUGUUCCGUGUGGCUGACAGCAGUCUUGAGGGCCUAACCCAGCUCUGCACCCACCUGCUGGGCUGUGAUCCCAAAACAGAGCCUGGAGGGGCAGAGGUGGGCGGUGCCUACCUGGCAGCGCUGGCAGAGCGAGUGGUGGAUGCAAUGCAAGAGGAUGCAGUGCUGCGGAUUGGGCGGCUCUGCCAGGAGGCCAAGGAGAUGGCACAGCAGGAAACUGGUGACAAGUGGCCCACGGCCACCAACUUUUGGCAAGAUGACACUUUCCUGAGGAACAGUGACACCAGUGACACCAUCCCACAACACGAUGACAUCUCCCAGGCCAGCAGCUCCCCAUGGCAUGAUAACACUGAUGGUGACACCACUCAACAACAGGAGGAUACGGCCUGGGUGGAGGCACCAUCCCCCCACCCACUGUCCCCGAUGCCAGCUCCACUUUGCCUGGUUUAUAACAGUGACAGCAACAAACUGUCACUCAACCCCAGAGCACUGGCAGUGCUACGUGGUAUCACCCAGCCCGUGGUGGUGGUGGCCAUCGCCGGGCCCUACCGCACUGGCAAGUCCUUCUUGAUGAACCGGCUGGCAGAGCGGCGUACUGGUUUCCCGUUGGGCCCCACAGUGUGGGCGGAGACCAAGGGCAUCUGGAUGUGGUGCCUGCCACAUCCACGCCGGCAUGGUGUGGCACUGGUGCUGCUGGACACCGAGGGGCUGGGAGAUCCCCAGAAGGGUGACAACAGCAAUGAUGCCUGGAUCUUCUCACUGGCACUGCUGUUCUCCAGUACCCUGGUGUACAACAGCAUGGGCACCAUCAACCAGCAGGCACUGGAUCAGCUCCGGCUGGUGACAGAGCUGACAAAUCACAUACGUGUGCGGGUGGAGGAUGAAGAUCCAGCAGCUGAGUUCAGCCGUGUUUUCCCCAGCUUCAUCUGGGCUGUGCGUGACUUCACACUGCAGCUGCGGGAGGGUGAGCGUCUGAUGACUGAGGAUGAGUACCUGGAGGAUGCACUGCGCUUAAAGCCCGGGAAUGGGCGCGUGGUGCAGGAACACAAUGAGAUGCGGCGCUGCCUGCGUGCCUUCUUCACACACCGCAAGCUGUUUGUGCUGGAGAGACCAACGGCUGAUGCAAACCUGGCACGACUGGAGGAGAUGCAAGAGGAUGAACUGCAGCCACGCUUCCGGCAACAGGCAGAUGCCUUCUGCCAGCAUAUCUGGGAGAAGUCACCGGUGAAGGAGUUGCCAGGCGGACGCCAGGUGACAGGCACCAUGCUGGCUUCCCUGGUGGAGAAAUAUGUGGCUACCAUUGUGAAAGGUGAAGUGCCUUGUGUGGAAAGCACAGUGAUGGCACUGGCAAGGACCGAGAACACCGCGGCAGUGGCAGCAGCAGUGGCUGAGUACCAGAAAGGCAUGGAGCAGGACCUGGUGCUGCCCAUGGACUCACGUGCCAGUCUGGUGGAUGUGCACCAGCGCUGGGAGCGCCAUGCUGUCACCCUCUUCCUGUCCCGUGCCUUUGCUGACAACGAGCGCACCUACCAGUGUCAGCUGAUGCGAGAGCUGGAGGCAGCCAAGGAGGAGUUCUGCCGGCGCAAUGAGGAGGCAUCAGAGCAGCGUUGCCAGGCGGUGCUGCGGGAGCUGUGGCAGGACGUGGAGCACCGUCUGCAGUGUGGGGACUACGCAGCACCAGGUGGUGCACAGCUGUUCCAGGAUGAUCUGUGCCGUGUGCUGGAAGACUACCAGUGGUGGCCUGAAAAGGGUGUUAAGGCAGAUGCAGUGCUGGAGGUGUUCCUACGGGAGCGUGAGCCGCUGGCACAGGCACUGCAUGCAAUCGAUGCACGCCUGGUGAUGAUGGAGCGGCAGCGGGAGGCAGCAGCAGCCAAGGAGGCAGCAGCCAGGGAGGCAGAGGCAGCGUGCCUGAAGGAGCAGCAAUGCAGCUUGGAGGAGCACUGCAGGCAGCUGGAGCAGCAACUGCUGGAAGAGCAGCGCCUGCGGCUGAAGGAGCAAAACCGCUUGCUGGAGCACCGCCUGAAGGAACAUUGGACACUGAUGGAGGAGGGUUACAAGCAUGAAGCAGAGAAAAUGGAGCUGCAGAUUAAGCAGUUGCAGGAGGAGAAGAAGAGGACUGAAAACCACGCAUGGAUCAUCUCAACUGUGGGCCUCCUGGCCAACGUGGCUUCACUCUUCCUGCCUGGCGUGGUCGGCAAGGCAGUGAGCAUUGUAGGCAACAUGAUACAGCGCAAGCUGUAGCCCAGCCACCUGUCCCUGUGUCCUGGCUUCAGCUGUGAUGGCGCUGAAUUUUCCUUCAUUGUGUUUGGUAUGAUAUGUUUGGGAGAAAAACAAUAUUGAUAAUGAACUGAUGUUUUAGUUGUUGCUGAGCAGUGCUAUACAGAGCCAAGGACAUUUCAGUUUCUCAGUUUCUCCUACUGCCCUGCCAGUGAGGAGGGCUGUGGGGGAUGCAAGGAGUUGGGAGGGGACAGAACUGAGAUACCUAACCUGAACUGGCCAAAGGAAUAUUCCAUACCAUAUGAUACAAACUUGAUAAUUGCUAAUUAUUAUGAUACUUUUUUUGCACAGAUAUUUCAGUGUUUUCUUGGAACAAUAUCACUUAACACUUUACUUGCUAUUUACGUGUCUGUCUCUAGGAGUUGAAGUUGUCAUUUUGCUGUGCUUUGUGAUCUUGGCUUACAGUAUGAUAAAACUGCUGAUUGGGAACUUA